AUGACCACGCGGCGCAUCGACUUCGGCAAUCUCAAUGAUGGCAUUGACUGGGCCAACGCUCUUCCUCCACAUAUCGUUUCCCAGCAGGAACUACAACGCGCAUCUCAGGCAAGACCAGCGGAACGUUCCAUGUUUAUGCGUUGGCCUAUCCCAGAGGCGAGCUUCCCUCUUCCUCCAUCGGUUAGACGCAGAAGGGAAAUGAUGAUGCGUGUGAUGGGAACGUCAGACGUGCAGACCCGAGGUGGUCGUCGUACUUUUGGGGAAUUGAGCCAACGGCAGAUUCAACACGAAUGGGAUCAUGAGCCACUGAGUCAGACGUUCCCUCAAAGACGCCAGCUCUCCGAGCCUUUGUCUUCACAACGAUUGCGGAGAGAACGCGCUGUGCAACAGGUACAGCAGCGACGUCCCCAACAGCAGCAACAGCAGGCCUCAAGUGUUGAUGAAAGUAUUGCUGCCGUUACUCAAUUGGCGAAUACAAUGUUGGGCCGUCACCACGUUGAGGCGGUGCUGGCAUUCGAUGAGUUCGUGUCAGCGAAUAUGCAGGUAGCCCAGAUGGCGGCGGAGACCGCCAUGGCCCUUUCAAUGCAGCAGUCUAUGAUGCCCACCCCUGGGACGGUGGAGAUGAGUGGCAAUGAUGCUGAAGAAGAGCCUAUGAAUUAUACCCGUGUUGUUGUGUCGGUGCGUGGCUCCUCGUCGUCCCCUCCGCAGGUUACAACCACUGUGCAGAGAGGUCUCCUUCGGGCCCGUCAACGGCCGCGCCACAUCGGCAGCAGCGGAUCCGACUAUGACAUUAUUACAGGUUUCUCGCGUGUACCACAACUCGCGCAACUGGGCGCUGGCGAGGCCCCACGUGCACAAAUUGGCGGCAAUACUGGAUGGGAGCUCAACGACUUCUCGUACGAGAACCUGCUGGAGCUAGACAACGCAAAGGUGCCCACUGGCCUCCCACAACAUCAGCUCCGUGGGAUGAAGGCCGUGCCGUACUCAAGUAUGAAACGGUCAGCGGAUAAAAUGAGCAGCACGACACGGUCCAGCGAGGAGCAGGAAGCGUGCACUAUCUGUCUCGAGAAGAUGACGCAGGGGGCUAUGGUUCUCCCGAUCGACUGCGGGCACACGUUCCACCAUAAGUGUAUUAUUCGGUGGCUUGCACGUAACAACUGCUGUCCAACGUGCCGGCGUGAGGUCCCGCGCAAAGGCAGAGCCCUCCAGUGA